CACUCUUCUCCCAAACCAGCCCGGCGGUGCGCAUUCCGAUUUGCCCAGCGGCGGCGCAACGAUGAGGGAGUACUGGACGGCGCUCGCGUCGCUCAUGGGCGCUGUGGCGUUCAUGCAGGGAUUUCUCCACGCGGUGUUCCCGCCGGAGCUGCGGGCGGCGGUGGCGCGGCUGCUGGGGCGGAUGACGCGGUCCUUCUCCCCGUACUGCUACUUCGACGUGACGGAGACGGACGGCAUGAGCAACAACGAGAUCUACGACGCCGUGCAGCUCUACCUCAGCAGCACGGCGGCGCCGUCGUCGGGCGCCCGGCUCAGCCUCACGCGGCCCCACAACGCCACGUCCUUCACCUUCGGCAUGGCCGCCAGCGACCGCGUGGUGGACGCCUUCCUCGGGGCCGCCGUCACGUGGGAGCACGUGGUGACGCCGCGGCAGUCUGGCGGGUUAUCGUGGCGCCCGCUCCCCGAGGAGAAGCGCCGGUUCACGCUCCGGAUCCGCCGCGGCGACAGGGAGAAGCUGCUCCCGGCGUACCUCGACCACAUCCUCGCCACGGCGCAGGAGAUCCGCCGCCGGAGCCAGGACCGGCUGCUGUACACCAACGCGCGCGGCGGGGCCAUGGACGGGCGCGGCCUGCCGUGGGACCCGGUCCCCUUCAAGCACCCCAGCACGUUCGACACGCUGGCCAUGGACCCCGACCGCAAGGAGUCCAUCAAGGCCGACCUCCGCGACUUCGCCGACGGCAGCGCCUUCUACGAGCGCACGGGCCGCGCCUGGAAGCGCGGGUACCUGCUGUAUGGCCCGCCCGGGACGGGCAAGUCCAGCAUGAUCGCCGCCAUGGCCAACUUCCUCGGCUACGACGUGUACGACCUGGAGCUCACGGAGGUGAGCAGCAACGCGGAGCUGCGGAAGCUGCUCAUGAAGACCACGUCAAAGUCCAUCAUCGUGAUCGAGGACAUCGACUGCUCCGUGGACCUCACCAACCGCGCGGCCCUGCCGCCGCCGGCCCCGAAGCCGCGGCCGAGCAUCGACGGGUCGGUCGACCAGGACGCGGCCGGCGCGGCGGCGGGCCGGUCGAUCACGCUCUCCGGCCUGCUCAACUUCACCGACGGGCUGUGGUCGUGCUGCGGGUCGGAGCGCAUCUUCGUGUUCACCACCAACCACAUCGAGAAGCUGGACCCGGCGCUGCUCCGGUCGGGACGCAUGGACAUGCACGUCUUCAUGAGCUACUGCUCCUUCCCGGCGCUCAAGAUCCUCCUCAAGAACUACCUCUGCUUCCAGGGCGAUGCCGACUGCGCCGAGGUGAUGAGGGGCCUGGAGGAAUGGAUCGACGCGGCGGAGAUCACGCCGGCGGACGUGAGCGAGGUGCUGAUCAAGAACCGGAGGAACGGGGAGAAACAGGCGAUGGAAGAGCUGCUCUAUGUUAUCAAGGCGCGCGCCGAGAAGCGGCUUUUUGGCACGGCGGCGGCGAGGAAGGACGGCGAGGUGGAAGAGGAGGAGAAGAGGGCGGUGGGCAGCCCCAAGGAAGGCAAGGAGCCGGCCGCCGGCAGUGACAGCUGCGAGGUCGGACAGGACGAGGAGACGGACGCCAAGAAACAGCUGUGACAGACUGAGCAUGCCGUGCCAAGCGCCCUGGUGAGGGGGAAAGCGAAGGGUUCAAAAUUUUCCUGUUCGGUGACACGAUCGUGCACCCUUUUCGCUGGAGAUUGCAAUGCGAGUAGGCUGUCUUUUCUUCAGUUUAGGCUUCUAUAUCUGUUGUAGGCUUAGCUGUGAGCGGUAGGCAAUUUUAUCCUGUAAUGCAGUGAAAUUGGUUGGGUUUACUGUUA